AUGACCUCCUAUGCAGGAUGUUGCAAAAGCGAGGCCGAGGGGGAGGCGGAGGCGGCGGGAGGGGGCGCGCAGCGCGGCGCGGAGAUCGACGCACUAGUGGGGGGCUCCUAUUUGCCGAGCCCGUGGCGAGACGCUCCCGCGCUCGGCUCGCUGUCGCGGCGAAACAUUCUCGCGAUCGGCGGUGCGGCCGCAUCGCUGGCGCUGGCGCCGCGGCCGGCGCAGGCGAGCUUCGGCUCGGCGCGGGGAGCAGUCACAUCGCCGCCCGUGCUGGGCUCCAUCGAGCUCGAGAAGCUGCAGGACCUCACCCCCAAGAAGCGGAAGCAGAUUGAGUCGGUGCUGACGCCGCGGCAGGCAGAGGCGCUCAGGCUGCAGAUCGAGGCGGAGCGGGCGGGGCUGCUGCAGCAGUACGAGCAGGAGAAGCGGCGAGGGCAGCAGCGCGUCGAGGCGCAGCGCGUCGUCAAGCAGCAGAUCGACGCCACCAGCGCCGACAUCGUCACGCUCGAGCAGCGGAUCAGAGACCUCGAGGAGCAGCAAACUUCUCUCGGGGGGUCUCGCGUGCGGGUGGAGCUGCCGGAGGCGCCGGCGCGCAACCUGACCUCGCUCUCCGCGCGCUCCCGCAUCAACCUCGAGCGGCCCGGCGCCGGCGCGAAGCCCGUCGAGCAGACAGCGGGCGAGGCGCUCGCAGAGCAGUUUGAGGCGCCAGCACAGCAGCCUCUGUGGCCGCACCUCUCACGCACGCACACCUCUCUCGAUCCUCAAGCGCGCAUCAAACGCGGGGAGGAGAGCACCGAGUUCCUCCGCCGCGAGCUGGAAGGGCAGGCGAGGAUCACGCAGGACAUCGAGGCGCGGGAGCGCUUCCUUGCCAGGCUAAACGCGCAGCCGGCUGCCAAGGCUGCGCUGCUCGCCACCCCCGCAAUCAGCCCCUACCCGCUCGUCGCGUACCUCCUCGCUGGCGCCGCGGGGGAGACGGUCGGGUCGGUGCGCAGCGUGCUCGGCACGGCGGCGGGGCGCGCGAACGUGAUGCGCGCGUGGAGCUCGUCGCUGUGGAGGGAUGUGCCCUUCGGCGCGAUCCAGCUCGCCAUCUUUGAGGGGCUCAAGACGUACAUCAUCAACUCGCCCGACAUUGUCGUCGACGUGGACACCCUCCUCGCCGAGGCGCUCUUUGGAGCGACGGGCGGCGCGAUCGGCGCGCGCCUCAGCCCCCGCGCCAGACUCCCCGCCUCGCGGGCAGUGCCCAGCGCUUUCCUCACCACGCCGACCGACGUGGUCACGAUCCGUAUCCUCACGCAAGGCACGGGCGUCGACGAGGCGUGCGACGAGCAGGCGCAACCACACGAGCUGACCCGACAUUUGCCGAGAAAUGCCCGAGCUUGCCCGAGCUUGCCUGAGCUGGUCCGACAUUACCCGUGGGGCGUGUGGCGACCAGCUCACGACGGCCGCAUGCCCGCGGCACACUGCCCGCGCUUUUCGCUGCCCUUCGGCCACCCGCAUUGCCCCACCUAG